CUCGUCGUCGUCUCCUGAUCCAGCUCACUCCACCAACACAUUCAACAUGGGAGAAACAGUGCGAUCGCUCCCCGAGUCGGAGCAGGAGCGGCGCUCCCUGGCCCGAACGCUUCUUAUCGAGCUAUUGGCCUACCAAUUUGCCUUCCCGGUCCAAUGGAUCGACACACAGAAAGAGUUCUUUACGAGGAAUGAGGCCGUGGAGAGAUAUGUCGAGGUUGGACCGUCCAAGGUCCUGUCCACCAUGGGCAAGAAGACCGUCGGUCGCAAUCACCAGCUGCAGGACAAGCUGCGUUUGCUUCGCCGCCAGUUCCUCUCCCACAGCGAUGACUACGCCCAGAUCUGUUAUGAAUAUGAAGAGACCCAGCCGGCCGCCCCGGCUGAGACUCCAGAGGCUGCCCCAGCCCCGGUGGCCGCUGCUGCUGCCCCGGCCGCUCCGAUUGCAGCUGCGCCUGUGCCUGCUGCUCCCGCUGCAGUGGCGGCGGCUGUCGAUGAUGUGCCGUUGUCAGCCCUGGACAUUGUGCUGGCGAUCAGUGCCCAGAAGCUGAAGCAGCCCUUUGACCAGGUUCCCCUACAGAAAUCCAUCCGGGACCUGUCCGGAGGUAAAUCUACCCUACAGAACGAACUUAUCGGAGACCUCGUGGCCGAGUUUGGCAGCACUCCCGAUGGCUGCGAAGACCUUCCUCUCGAGGCCGUUGGCGCUGCCCUCGACUCCAACUUCACCGGCCGCCCCAGCAAGGUGAUGUCUGCCCUGGUGGCUCGCUUGAUCUCGGCCAGAUUCCCUGCUGGCUGGAACCAGAACACCGUCCGCAGCCACCUCGAAUCCACCUGGGGUCUAGGCUCCCAGCGCCAGACGGCCGUGCUCUGCUACGCCGUCAGCUUGGAUCCUUCCGCCCGUCUGGAGAGUCCCCAGUCGGCCAAGGAAUUCGUCGACAGCGUCGUGGCUCGCUACGGACGCCACUGCGGCAUCACCAUCAGCCCGGCGGCCGGUCCAGCCGGGGGAGGUCAGGCCGCGGGCGGUGCCAUGAUCGAUUCCAAGGAGUUGGAGCGUCUGCGCACGGAGCAGAACGAUGCCUUCAAGCAGCUUCACCUGGCGCUGGGCAAGCUCGUCGACGAGGACGGCGGCGAGUUGGUGCAGAAGCUGGCGCACAGCGAAGAGCUGUGGCAGGAGGCCGACAAGAAGCUGGAGGCCUGGCAGGCCGAGUUCGGCGAUGGCUUCCUGACCAAAGUCUCGCCCAUCUUCAACGCCCGUCGCGGCCGCGUCUACGAUGCCUGGUGGAACUGGGCCCGCGUCGACAUUGCCUCGCUGCUGCUGGCGCCUGGCGGUACCCCGAACGAGGAGCACAUCUGGCGCGUGCUGAACCGCGCGAAUGCCAGUGCCUUCGACCUCGUCAAGUACAACAUUGCCGACCCGCUGCGCAACUCGGACAAGCAGCUGCAGGUGCGUCCCCUGGAGCAGCUGUUCCACGGCUACCGCGAUGCCCUGUCGGGCAACCCGGUCUUCAUCCACCGCGUGCCCCCUCUGGGCCCCCGAACCACCGUCAGCCCCAAGGGCGUGAUCGAAUACGAGGAAAUUGCGCGCACCAUUGGUGGCCGGCCAGACACCUACUACGACCUGCUCAAGCGAGGCAGUCGGUUUGAUGCGCCCACCUCCAAGAACGAGCCCUUUGUCCGGCUCAGCCGUCAAGCCGGCAAUGGCUGGAAGUACCACGACGAUCUCACGACGUCCUACCUCGACAUCGUCAAGGCCGCCACCUCCAAUGGAGUCACCUUCGCCGGCAAGACGGUGCUCAUCACCGGGGCCGGACCCCAGUCCAUUGGGGCCGAGGUCACUCGCGGCCUUUUGACGGCCGGUGCCAAGGUCAUUGUCACCACCAGCCGGUCCAACAUGGACUUCUACCGGUCUCUAUACCGCGACUUUUGCGGCCGGGGCUCCUCGCUCACCGUCUUCCCCUUCAACGCAGCCAGUCGCCAAGAUUGCCAGGCCCUCAUCACCCACCUGUACACCGACACCCUGGGCACUGGCGACAUCGACUGCGUGAUCCCCUUUGCCGCCAUCUCCGAGAACGGCCGCCAGAUCGAUGGCCUCGAUGGCCUGUCCGAGGUGGCCCACCGCGCCAUGCUGGUCAACCUGCUGCGCCUGCUGGGCUUCAUCAAGCAGCAGAAAGAGUCCCGGGGCUACAACGCCAACCCGACGCAGGUCAUUCUCCCUCUGUCGCCCAACCACGGUACCUUUGGCGGCGACGGCCUCUACUCCGAGUCCAAGAUCGGCCUGGAGACGCUCUUCAACCGCUUCCAGUCGGAGAGCUGGGGCGACUACCUGACCGUGUGCGGCGCCGUCAUCGGCUGGACGCGCGGCACGGGGCUGAUGAGCGCCAACAACAUCGUCGCCGAGGCCAUCGAGGCCGAGGACGUCGUCACCUUCUCGUCGGCCGAAAUGGCCCUGAACAUCAUGGCCCUCAUGACCCCCGAGAUCGCCGAGGCCUGCGAGGACGCCCCCGUGUAUGCCGACCUGGGCGGCAAGAUGGAGCAGCUGGCCGACCUCAAGGGCCUGUCCACCUCUGCCCGCCGCUCCGUGCAGCACCAGGCCCGCGCCAGAAAGGCCAUUGCCGCCGAAGACGAGCUGCACCACAGCCUGUUGAACGGUCCGGCCCCUGAGACCCCCGCCCCGACAGUGCGCAAGCCCCGCGCCAACCUGACAGUCGGACAUCCGGAGCUGCCCGACCACGAGGCCAUCACGGCCGGCAUCCACCUGCCCGGACGCGACCUGAUCGACCUGAGCAAGACCAUUGUCGUGGCGGGUUACUCCGAGCUAGGCCCCUGGGGCAGUGCCCGCACGCGCUGGGACAUGGAGCGCGCCGGCGAUCUCAGCCCGGCCGGCUACGUCGAGAUGGCCUGGAUCAUGGGCCUGGUCAAGCACUUCGAGGGCGACAUCCAGGGCGCCGCGUACGUGGGCUGGGUCGACGCCAAGUCCAACCAGCCGGUGCACGAGGCCGACUUUGGCGAGAAGUAUGGCGCCUACAUCCAGGAGCACGCGGGUCUGCGCUUCAUCGAGCCGGAGCUCUACGAUGGAUACGACCCAGCCAAGAAGGAGUUCCUGCAGGAGGUGGUGGUGCAGGAGGAUCUGCCCGUCUUCCAGGCCAGUCGGGCCGUGGCCACGGCAUUCAAGACCAAGCACGGUGACAAGGUGUCCAUCUCGCCGGCCUCGGAUGAGGGCGAGGACUACAACGUGCAGUUCAAGCCCGGCGCGCGCUUCCUGGUGCCCAAGGCCCAGCCCUUUGACCGGUUGGUGUCGGGCCAGCUGCCUACCGGAUGGGACGCGAAGGCAUACGGAAUCCCGGCGGAGAUUGUCUCGCAGGUGGACCCCAUCACGCUGUACGUGUUGUGCUGUGUCUGCCAGGCCAUGCUAAGUGCCGGCAUCCAAGACCCGUACGAGCUGUACCGCCACAUCCAUGUGUCCGAGCUGGCCAACUGCAUCGGUACAGGUGCUGGUGGUCUCAUCGCCAUGCGGGGCGUCUACCGGGACCGCUACCUCGACCGUGACGUCCAGAGCGAUAUUCUGCAGGAAUCCUUCCCCAACGCCAUGGAUGCCUGGGCCAACAUGCUGCUGAUGGGAUCCGCUGGUCCCAUCAAGUCGCCCUCGGGAACCUGUGCCACGGCCAUUGAAUCCCUGGACACGGCCUGCGAGGGUCUCCAAUCCGGCAAGGUCAAAGUAGCCCUGGUGGGAGGUACCGAUGACCUGCAGGAGGAGAUGUCCUACGAGUUCGCCAACAUGAAAGCCACAGCCAACACGGUCGAGGAGCUCGAGCGAGGCCGCACCCCGCGCGAAAUAUCGCGACCCACGGCCACCUCGCGGGCCGGUUUCGUCGAAUCGGCAGGCUGCGGUGUUCAGCUGCUCAUGACCGCUCAGCUGGCCCUCGAGAUGGGUGUACCGAUCUACGGUAUCGUCGCAUACUCGCAGAUGGCCGGUGACAAGGUCGGCCGGUCCGUGCCCGCGCCAGGCAAGGGUAUCUUGACGGCCGCGCGCGAGGCCACCACGGCAUCGCUGUCGCCUCUGCUGGAUGUCCAGUUCCGUCAGAAGCAGUUUGAGCAAGCACGCGCCCAGAUCCAACAGGGCGCGGCCCUGCAGCUGGAGAAGGCCCGACAGGAGGGCCAGCUCUCGCCGCACUUGACCGCGGUCAUUGAGAAGGCUGCGGCGACGCAGAUCCGCCAGGCGCAGAACCUAUACGGUCUGGACCUACGCCAGCAGGACCCGGGCAUCUCUCCUAUCCGGGCGGCUCUGGCCGUAUGGGGACUCAGCAUCGACGACAUCGGUGUGGCCUCCUUCCACGGCACGUCGACCAAGGCCAACGACAAGAACGAAUCCGAGGUGAUCAACACCAUGAUGAGCCACCUCGGUCGCACCAAGGGCAAUCCGGUGCUAGUCGUCUGCCAGAAGUAUCUGACCGGUCACCCCAAGGGAGCGGCCGGGGCGUGGAUGCUCAACGGCGGGCUGCAGAUCCUGCAGUCGGGCGUGGUGCCGGGCAACCGCAACGCGGAUAACGUCGACCAGGCGCUGCAGAAGUUCGACCACCUGGUGUACCCGGCGGAGUCGAUCCAGACUCGGGGUAUCCGGGCCUUCAUGCUAACGUCGUUCGGAUUCGGCCAGAAGGGCGGCCUGGUGGUGACGAUCUCCCCGCGCUAUCUCUUCGCCGCCAUAGACCAGGCCCCCUACGAGACAUAUCGUCUCAAGGCGCUCCGCCGUGCCGAGGCCGCGAACCGGGCCUUCAUCGAGGGUCUGAACACGAACUCGCUCUUCAAAGCCAAGAAGACGUCAGCAUGGGCUCCCGAGGACGAGAUGCGGGUAUUCCUGGACCCCUAUGCGCGGGUAGCCGUGGACGACAACAGCUACUUCUUCGAUGCCAAGUGCCUGCAUCCCGACUCGGAGGAUUCCGCAUCGGAGAUCAGCUCGGGGGUGUUGACAGCCGUGGAGACGCCGUCGACACCCACCAGCGAGCCGCUGAUGAAUGCAGCGCAGAAGUGGGUGGAGGGGGCAGUGACCACGGACGGAUCGACGUCGGUGGGCGUGGACAUUGAGUCGGUGACGGCGAUCAACAUCGAGAACGAGGUGUUCCUGGAGCGGAACUACACGGCCAGCGAGCGCGAGUACUGUCAGGCGGCGCCUGAUCCGGCGCACUCGUUUGCGGGCCGGUGGGCAGCCAAGGAGGCCGUGUUUAAGAGUCUGCAGGUGCCGUCCAAGGGGGCGGGGGCGGCUCUGAAUGAGAUUGAGAUUCUCAGCUCGGGGGGGAUCCCGACUGUUUAUUUGCAUGGCGAGGUGAAGAAGAUUGCAGAGGAGAAGCAGCUGUCCAAGAUCCAGGUCAGCAUCAGUCACUCGGGUGAGCUGGCCAUGGCGGUGGCGGCCACGACGUUUGCGCCGGUGACGAGUGAGUGAAGGAAUGCAAUGGAUGAAGGUGUGGAAUGGGGGAUCCAGACUGUAUAGAGCGAGCUGGAGGAGACUUGGGUUCGAGGAUUGUUUUUCUAUCUUGUAUCAUGAUUACGAGCGUUAUGAAUAGAUCAAUUUCACCAUAUUAUUUGAC